CAACUAACAGAAAAUACUCACACUUUUAUUGUUGUUAGUUUGUUACGACACCAUAACUGAUAAAAUGCCAGAAGCUCACCUGUGAAGCCAAGUCAAGUUACCUUCUUCUUCGGUCUCUUCCACUCUCUUCCUCAUUUCAUUUCAUUUCUAUUCAAUUCGCUUUCACUCGCUCUAUUCAAAGUCAGUCUUCAACCGCUUCGUUUUGUUCGUUGUUUCUUGGACUCGGUGCCGUGACCGGUUCACAGUGAAUGGAUCUCGGUUGGAUCUUGAGGUAAUCGGUGUUGAGAGAUGGUGGAGGAGUUGAAGUGAAACGGCGUCGGUUAUCGAGAUAAAUGAAGCGAAAACAGCAGAAAUUGCACUUGUAUAGAUGGAAGCGGAAGGUUUUCGCCGCCAUUUUGAUUGGAUUCUGUUUCGGCAGUCUGGUGUUGAUGCAGACUCAGUACACGAGAAUUGUAUCUCUACGACAUCGUUUCGCUCAAAAGCCGAAAAUUGCUUUCCUAUUCAUUGCCAGAAAUCGGCUCUCUCUCGAAAUGGUUUGGGAUAAAUUUUUCGAGGGAGGGGAGAAUAGAUUCUCAAUUUUUGUUCACUCAAGGCCUGGAUUUCUUUUCAAUAAGGCAACAACAAGAUCGGUCUACUUUUUGGGUCGUCAAGUUAAUGAUAGUACACAGGUAGAUUGGGGAGAAGCAAGCAUGAUUGAGGCAGAGCGUAUAUUGCUUAGACAUGCGCUUGAGGAUCCUUACAAUGAGCGCUUUGUUUUUCUAUCAGACAGCUGCAUACCUCUGUACAACUUCCGCUAUACAUACAACUAUAUCAUGUCGACAUCAACUAGUUUUGUGGACAGCUUCGCUGAUACAAAGCAGGGCCGGUAUAAUCCGAAAAUGGCUCCUGUUAUCCCUGUUCAUAACUGGAGGAAGGGAUCUCAGUGGGCUGUUCUGACCAGAAAGCAUGCAGAGGUUGUUGUAAAUGACACUACUGUGUUUCCAGUUUUUCAACAGCAUUGCAAGAGGAGAUCACUACCUGAGUUUUGGCGGGAACGCUCAGCUCCGGUUGAUCCAGCAAAGGAACAUAAUUGUAUACCAGAUGAACAUUAUGUUCAGACUUUACUGGCUCAAGAAGGCCUUGAAGGAGAACUCACACGAAGAUCAGUGACAUAUUCUGCUUGGGAUCUUUCUUCCUCCAAAGACCACGAACGCCGUGGUUGGCAUCCUGUGACUUAUAAAUACUCUGAUGCCACUCCCAAGCUUAUUCAAUCUAUAAAGGAAAUUGAUAAUAUAUAUUAUGAAACUGAAUACCGGAGAGAAUGGUGUAGCAGCAAAGGGAAACCAUCCCGAUGUUUCCUUUUCGCCCGAAAAUUUACCAGGCCUGCUGCUCUCCGCCUUCUUAAUAUGUCUGUGCUGGGAGGUGAGGGCGUUGAAGCAAGGAAUGAAACAGUGGCAAAUAUAGAGAUAAUUGAGAGCCCUGUAAAUUAGAGAUGCUGAAGGGCUCGAAAAAGAGGGAAAUGUCUAGUACGGUGGUAUAUAUUUUCUCAUUUUUUUUCUAAAUACAUAUAAAUAAAAUGGAG